UUUCAUUACUUCUUUGGACUGGAAAAGAAUGAAGUUGCUACCGAUUCUUGUUACUACUGCAUGUGUGGUAAUUGUCAAUGCUGGCACAUACACUGACAGAUAUGACUCUAUGAAUGUAGAUGACGUCAUAUCAAACAAAAGGCUGCUGAUAGCUUAUGUUAAAUGUGUAUUGGAAAAGGGCCGGUGCACACCAGAGGGAAAGGAGCUCAAAUCUCAUAUCACCGAAGCGUUGCAGAGUGGAUGCGACAAAUGUACAGACAGACAAAGACGCUCUAUAAGGAAAGUAAUAAAACAUCUAAUACACAACGAGAACAACUAUUGGAACCAACUAGUAAAUAUGUAUGACCCUAAUAAAGUAUACUCAAAAAUGUAUGAAAGAGAAUUGGGAACGAUAUGA